UGUCUUUUUUGUCAUCGAACGCAGCCUUCAUUUUGUCAUUAUUGCAUUUUUAUUGUUCCAUGCACAUAUAAUAAAAUAUUAUUUUAUUAAUAUUAUUAUUUUUAAAAAUAUUAUUAAUAAUAUAGCAGCCUACCCUAAAUUUCGACAUUAGAAAUAAACAUAAUAUAUACUCAAUAUUAGCUCUGACUCUGUGCAUUCAGCGUUCUUAUAGGCCUACUUAUUGCUUUUCUACUUUCUUUCUAGUGUUCCUUGGGUUGGGAUCUCAGCUUACAGACUUCACCUGAAAUUUGCAUCAGUAUCAUGAGUGUGUCAGAGAUUCCAGGAAAGCACAUUGCUCUGUCUGUCUUUGUAUUGAAAAAUUGCAGAGAGUUCAAACUAUUUCCAAAUGAAAGGACUACAUUACUUUCCCAAGCAGAUGAUCUUCAGAUUUUACAGUAUUGUUUAGCUAGUUACAAUAAAAAGGUGAAUUGAAAAUUAUUAUUCAAUAAAUAUUUUAUGGACUAUUUUUAUUCAUAGAAAACCAACUUUUUAAUCCAGAAAAGCAUGGCUUUAAAAAAUAAUAUUUUUUUUUUUUACAGAUUUAUCGAAUUCAAUUAACUUUCUAAGGUUCUAUUAAAGUUAAAGCAAGCUACCAUUUACAUCUAUAAAAAAUUCAAAAAGCAUUUCUGUUUUAAACUUGAAAAACACUAAAUAAAUAAUAAAUCAGUCCAGUUUUAAAAAGGAAAUUACCAACAAUUAAUUAGCAUUAAUAAUGGUCAAUGGGGUUUGUCAUUUCUCAGACCGGAAAAUAUCAUAGCGUUACUAUUUUUAGAAUGUCGGACAAAUAUUUCUUAAAACAUGGCAACUAAUUAGUGUGUUUCAGCAUAUUGUUCAGAUGAUCCUUGUAAUUAGAGUCAAUUUACAUGUGCCAUAAGCAUGAUGAAGUCCCAUUUCACAAAAUGUAUAUCCUUAAUUAUAGUAAUGGCAUUAUCAGUAAAAAAAAGUUGUGUAAAAUAUUUUGUAAAAUAUAGUUUUCCUACGUUGUAAACAAGUUUUGAUUUAGCCGCUAACAUAGUAGUACUGAACAGUGUUGACAUUUUUUCCGACCCCAGUAGCCGGGUGAUUGCAGCAGUUCUAUCAACAGAUUUCAGCCAUUAAAUGACAAGCCCUAUUACAGCUAGGCAGAUUACAUAUUGUUGCUAAUCAAUCUGUAAAAGCCUUGUCUAAACUCUAAGUCUAAGUAAAAUUUAGUUUGCUUUGAAAGGAAACUAAAAUAUAAAUUCUAUAGUGACUAAAGCCACUAAAGGGCUGGGCUAUCUGCAAAUAUAAAAAUAAGAGGGUAACUUAUCAAUGAUGUCAGAAAUAAUAAUAAGUUAAGUAUGCAAUUGAUCUAUUCUUCAUCAAUGAAUUCUUCAUUUGUGUUUAAUAAGUUCACCGCAUGUUAUAAUCGGUAGAAAAAUCCAAGAUUUUUAUUUUAAAAUUUUUCCUUUAAAAAAAAAACCUUUUGUAGUUGGAUUUGUUAGUUUAAUUUGAAAUGUUCUCUUUUUUUCAGAUGGGUAAUGAUUUUGAGGCUAUUUCUAAAGAUGUACUAGAUCUUUUAGAGGUUAUAAAGCAAUCAACCAUUCACACUAUAGAGCAAGAGAUACUCAAGUUCCAAUGCGAAUAUGAUCAAGAAAAAAAUGAUAAAAAGGGAUCACCUUUGAAUACAGAAGAAGAAAAUGCUAUAUCAAAAGAUGACCAAAUAAAUUCAGUUUCAGAAUAUAAAAACUUGUCAACAGAUAAUAUUCUAACACCUGAUUUCAGAACUUCAGUAUUAAACUUGUACUCUGAGUACAAGCAGAGUAGCAACCAUUGUUCUAUCUUGGAUGCCUAUGUAAACUUUAUUAAAUCUCUAACAAAUAAGAGUUCAGAGCUGCACUUGACAUUCAAAACUUGUGAUGACAUCCAUCAACUAAAACCUGAUAUUGAGGAUUAUUUUACAUUACAAGUAACUGAAAUGUUUUAUUUGUUUGUCUUUUGUUGUUAUUUUUUUAUUUUAAAAAGUAUAAUUUCUCUAAUUACCAAACAAUUACAAUUUAUUUACAAAUUUUUUUUACCAUUUGCUUAUUUUAAUUAGAUUUCAUUCUUAAAUAAUGCUCUGUAUUUUGUUCACUUUUAUAAUAUAUAAGCUUAAUAUGAUAAAUUCACUUCUCAGACCAAAGUUAUCCAGGUAUUAAAAAGAAUAAACAAAGCUGAGAUUUCUCACCAUGACUCUAAAAGUAAUGCAAUUGCACCACAUGAUUUGUCUCCCUGCAUUGGACAACUUACACCUACAACUCCAAGAAUUCAAAAGUCGAAUGAUGUAAACUCCACUCUUAAUUGCGGCACACCCAAAACUCCCUGUUCCCAAUCCCACAAGACUGCACUACAAAAGGUAUGAGUGCUGAUUCCUUUUUUUUAAAUGUUGAAUUUUAAUGCUCCAUAAAUUCUUAUUUUGUUAGCCAUUUUUAGCAUGUCAGAGAGUACACAUUUUAUUAAAAUUUUUAAUUGGAAAAAUUUUCAGAAACAUGUUAUUGUUCCUUCUAAAAUUGUAUAUGUGUUAAGUUAAUUGUGUCAAAUUUGUUAAGUUUUUACACAAGAUAUUGAUUGAGACAUUUUUUGAUGUGUAAAAUAAAAUCUUUAAGGUCCUAUAAGGUGAAAGGGACUAUUAAAAUUAAUUUAAUGUAAUCUUCAUUCUAAAAAUCUGCUUUAAUUUUUUUUUGGCCUACAAUAGCUGUGCCACUAAUCCUGCUUGCCUUUAAGGGAUGAAAGGCAUGAGCUGGAGAUAUCCCCUUUGCUUUUAUUUGUCUAAAUUUAGUUAAUUCCCACUUAAAUCUUUGAUAGAACUUAUUACAAACAAUUUAUGUGAACAUUGUAGUUUAUCCCUUGCCUACAACACAAACUAACUUUUGCCUGGUUUUUGCUUAUGUGAUUCCUUUAUGCAGAUUGCAAUCAACAAAAAAAUAUUUAUACAAAAAUACUCAUCUUACAUUUCAGUUGUUGGUUCAUGACAUUUUUCGGUCUUACCUUCACCUUCUUGUCAACUCUCGAAGUCAGCUCGCUCUUGCCAGGGUGUUUAACAUUCCUGAUCGAGGCCUUGACCACUUGGCAUUCACACAUCUUAAACACGAAGCUUCAGAUUUUGGACUGUCCAUGUAUCAGGUUAUGCAAAAUAAUUAUAUAUUUGAAAAAAAUUAAAUAGGUUCAGACUUGUAUAGUUUUAGAGUUUGUGCUCAGUCAUGUGUUAGUAGUAACAAUGUACUUAGUCAUGUGUUAGUAGGGACAUUGUACUUAGUCAUGUGCUAGUAGUGACAUUGUACUUGGUCAUCUGUUAGUAAAAGUAGGGACAUUGUACUUAGUCAUGUAUUAGUAGUGACUUUGUACUUAGUCAAAUCAUGUAUUAGCAGUGACAUUGUACUUAGUCAUGUAUUAGUGACAGUGGUAAAGUGAAGAAUCAAAUCAUAAUCAGAUGAUGCUUCUUGCAACAGACAUUGUCCUCCUACAUGGUCAGGAUGCAAUUGGGUGGCAGUGGAUAUGCUCCGAAGUCUGACAGUCCACUGCUGGUUUAUGUCAAGGGGCUUGGAUUGCUUCUGGAACUGACACAAAAACUUCAGACCGUCAUUGAAGAGGAGCCAAAACUUAGGUGCAGUUUGAUCAGUUAGACAUUUACUUUUCUAAAUUUAAAAAAAAAAUAGUUAGUGAAAGUGAGAGCUGUCAGUUGGGUUAGUGUGGAUUUCAAAUUGAUUAAUGAGUUAAAAUCUUUAUCCAAGAAUCCAAUAUUGGAAGUGGACGGUCAAUUGAGAAAAUUAUACAAACUUUUAUGGAGCAGGGAUAUAAUUAUAGGAAUCUAUUGCCAAGUAUGAAAUUUUGCAUUAGAAAAAUUAAUAUAGCAUUUAGCCUACCACUGGCAACACUGUUUUGUCUAUUGUGUUGGUAGUAAUGUUGGUAUAGUUUGAAAGUUAAUUCAUUUAAAGAAUUUAAGAGAUAAAAUUAAUCUGGUAGUUAAAUAGUUAAAGAUUAUAUUUUCAUCAAAGCAUACCACCCUAUAAAUUAAGAUGAAAGGAUUUUCAUAGCAAUCUCAAACAUGGAGAAUGGCUUCUUGCAAAUCUCUAGAUAGUUGUGUUAUUUUCAGAGCUGCGUGCAGAAGAGUUGUCAACAUCAUCAAGAUUAACCUGAUCCGAUGCAGCAGUGGGAAGUUUCCCAGGCAACUUGUGGAGCCCGUCUCAGAGAGUAUUUAUGAGAGUUUGGAAGAGAUCAUCAAUGAAGUUGAAGACUCAUUAAAGAAAAGUCCAGAGAAAGUAAGUGAUGGAAUUCUUUCAUUUCAGCUCCAAGUGACCACUGAUUGGUCUCUUCAUCAAAGAUCACUUACAUCAGCUUGAUCAGGGCGAAUUCUUUCCCUCAAAGAAAUUAAGGACCUAAAGAUGUAAAAAUUCAUUUGUUCCCCAUUGUCAGAAUUUAUAAGCAUGCUCUCCCGGAUAUAAAAUAACCCCUAAAUAAUCACUCUUAAGUCAAUAUUGUCACUAAUUAAACAAAGUUCCAUGGCAUACGGCGGUCAUUUAUUGCAUGAGAAUUAUUGACAGAUGUCUUGUGUUAAAUUGUUCUGGCUUAAAAAUGUUCAUCCAUGUACAUUUUAAUUUUACGAAUUUUUAUUUAUGUGCUGAAAAUGAAUAUGUACAUUGUAAAAUUGUAUUAAACAUUUUUUCAUUUAUUUGGAUCAUUAAAAUCUUAUCUAUCUUACAGUAAGAAGCUAAGAUCAGCUUGUAGAAAAUAUAUGCAAGUGCACAGCACUUCUUGUUGCAAGCUACACUGGGGCAAUUCUUCAUUUUUGACUGUUGUAGUGCUUUACGCAGAUAAUUGUCAGUUUUCAAGGUCACCUCUAUUAUUUAUAACUAGCAUUUCUCAGAUUUCUUUGCUUCAUUCAAGUGUUGUUCAUAGAGGUCAAAGCUUUUAAGAUAGUUUAUCAAACAUGCAGCCUCAAAUUGCAAUCCAGAGUCAAGUAAAAAUGAUAAAUUUUGAAAGUGGAUUACAAAUUACAGUAAUAUUGAAAAAAUUAAGUUGUUUAACUUUUAUUUCACCAAACAACAUUGGCAACUGAGGGACCAAAGAGGACUAACAGUUUUCACAGAAAUCUUUCAAUUCCAGACAACCAACAGGGGCAGCACAUUACUGGGGCUACUCUGCGUGCAGGUCAUUCAUUAUUUCCUGGAUCGAUCUUCACUUAGCCCAACUGAGCUUGACCUGC